AUCAGUGUGUUCUCUACCCCUUGGCGACUGCUUUUCUCCAGCUCUGUCAACUCCAUCUUUCCCACCAUGAGUCGGCAACUGAACGUCAAGUCCAGUGGUGACAAGGGCAACUUCAGUGUGCAUUCGGCAGUGGUGCCAAGGAAGGCUGUGGGUAGCCUGGCUUCUUACUGUGCAGCUGGCAGAGGGGCUGGAGCUGGCUUUGGUAGUCGGAGCCUCUAUAGCCUUGGAGGGAAUCGGCAUAUUUCUUUCAAUGUGGCUGGUGGCGGAGUUCGGGCUGGAGGUUACGGCUGCAGGCCUGGCUCUGGGUAUGGAGGGGGCCGGGCCAGUGGCUUUGUUGGCAGUAUGUUUGGCAAUGUGGCCCUAGGGCCUGCAUGUUUGUCUGUGUGCCCGCCUGGGGGCAUCCACCAGGUCACUGUCAACAAGAGCCUCUUGGCCCCCCUCAACGUGGAGCUGGACCCUGAGAUCCAGAAGGUGCGCGCCCAGGAGCGGGAACAGAUCAAGGCGCUGAACGACAAGUUCGCCUCCUUCAUUGACAAGGUACGGUUCCUAGAGCAGCAGAACCAGGUUCUAGAAACCAAGUGGGAGCUGCUGCAGCAGCUGGACAUGAACAACUGCAAGAAGAACCUGGAGCCCAUCCUUGAGGGCUACAUCAGCAACCUGCGGAAGCAGCUGGAGACGCUGUCUGGGGACAGGGUGAGGCUGGACUCAGAGCUGAGAAGCAUGAGGGACCUGGUGGAGGACUACAAGAAGAGAUACGAGGUGGAGAUUAACCGGCGCACAGCAGCAGAGAAUGAGUUUGUGGUGCUCAAGAAGGAUGCAGAUGCAGCCUACGCGGUCAAGGUGGAGCUUCAGGCCAAAGUGGACUCACUGGACAAAGACAUCAAGUUCCUCAAGUGUCUGUAUGAUGCAGAGAUCGCUCAGAUCCAGACUCACGCCAGUGAGACCUCUGUCAUCCUGUCCAUGGACAACAACCGGGACCUGGACCUCGAAAGCAUCAUCGCUGAGGUCCGCAUGCAUUACGAGGAGAUAGCCCUGAAGAGCAAGGCCGAGGCUGAGGCCCUGUACCAGACCAAGAUCCAGGAGCUGCAGCUGGCAGCCAGUCGGCAUGGUGAUGACCUGAAACACACCAAGAGCGAGAUGGCGGAGCUGAACCGGCUCAUCCAGAGGAUCCGGUGUGAGAUCGGGAAUGUGAAGAAGCAGCGUGCCAGCCUGGAGACAGCCAUCGCUGAUGCUGAGGAGCGGGGAGACAAUGCCCUGAAGGACGCCCGGGCCAAGCUGGACGAGCUGGAGGGCGCCCUGCACCAGGCCAAGGAGGAGCUGGCGCGGAUGCUGCGCGAGUACCAGGAGCUCAUGAGCCUGAAACUGGCCCUGGACAUGGAGAUCGCCACCUACCGCAAGCUGCUGGAGGGCGAGGAGUGCAGGAUGUCUGGCGAGAAUCCAUCCUCUAUUAGCAUCUCCGUCAUCAGCAGUAGCAGCUACAGCUAUCACCACCCCAACUCUGUGGGUGCUGACCUUGGGGCCAGCGCUGUGGCAGGCAGCUCUGGCAGCACCCAGAGCGGGCAGACCAAGACCACAGAGGUGCGAGGGGGAGACCUCAAGGACUCCCAGGGCAAGAGCACCCCAGCCAGCAUCCCAGCAAGGAAAGCCACCCGCUAGACCCAUGGCCUCACCCACCUCUGCACCUGGAAGAAGAGAUGACUUUGCCACCCCUAAAGGUGUCUGCCACACCCAAGUUCCCAGGCCCUGAGUUUUAAAACUGUCUGUAGUACACUCGACUGUCUGCAUCGUGGUUUAGAUUUUACUUUCAAGCUCUGAUUGACACAGUCACCUUCCCUGUUUCCUUAGGUCCCAUGUGGACUAACGACUUCUCAUUUUCCUUGCUGCCUUCGGCUGGCAGGAGGCUUUGGAGGCACAAGCCAUUAUAACCUUCUUGGCCCUAAGGAAGCUGUGAUCAUCCCUAGAAAGAGGGAAGGAGCAAGAGAGGACAGGGGAGGGGCUGGUUUGUUCUGUGCUUAGGCCAAGUUAGCUACUGUCUGAGAGGUUUUACAUCCCCUGCCAGCACGGUGGGGUGACACGAGACCUGUAAGCAGGUGGUGGGAAGUUAGACAGCCUUUACUUGCUCCAUCAGAAACAACUUUGCAGGAUGACGCCAAUAUUUAGGACACCAUGUGUACAUCUGUAGACCACCAGCUGCACCCAUCUCCACAAAGCCAAAUGAAGGUGUAUUGGGGAUUCUCUGCCAGCCUGUGUCACCCACCCACCUCCUUCAUUAUCAGCAAUAGCUACCAUCAUUUGUCAAGCACCUACUAGAUGCCAGGCACCCUACACGCAUUGCCUCCAAUUCUCAUCCAGUCCUGCAAAGAAGAUGCAAUCAGCAUCCUUGGAACAGACUGGGAGCCUGAUCCCAAGAGGCUGCAGAACUGGCCCCAGUCACCCACCUACGUGCCAGGGUCAGGCCUGGCCGACACAAGGAUCUAUGCUCUUUCCAUGGUGUGUCACUGCCUCUUUAACAAAAGGGCUGUCAAAGUCAUCGUUCUUUUUGAUGAGGGCAGCGUAAUUACAUUGCCUUUUGUCAGGACUGUGGGUAUGUGAUUUGUCUUCUGUCAUCUCUCUGGGGCUGUGUCCUACAUAGCUUCUGACUCUCAAUUUCUGGUGCCAAGAGCUGAGCUCAGUGAGUGGAGCUGGCUUUUCUGUCACUGAGUGGUACUCCCUAGUCAGAUGUCGUGGCUCAGGGUGUAAAUAUUCCUAAGAAUGGCAGCAUCUAUUUCCUCUUUUGCUUGAAUUAAAGACUCUGAAUUUCUGCUGUAUAUUCAUUAAAUUGUCCUUGAGUGGUGUCAGAGGU